UAUGCGAUCGCUUCACCACCAUUGCACAACCACCGCCACAAUGGAAGACAGAGAACCUUCAUUCUCUUCCACCUCCUCCUCCUCCUCCUCCGCUUCUUCAUUCUACUCCAUUCCUGCGCCUUCCAGCCCUUAUACCUCGUCGCAAUCAAUGCACGCCUUCUCCAACAACACCAAGGCUCGCAAAUGUAGUUCUGGAUCUAAGAUGCGAGAGGCCGAGACCGGCGCUGCUACUGCUGGAGCUACGAAGAGAACCAGCGAUGGGAAGCACCCCGUCUACCGCGGGGUCCGGAAGCGGAGUUGGGGCAGAUGGGUGUCAGAGAUCCGAGAACCGCGGAAGAAGUCCCGGAUCUGGCUGGGGACCUUCCCGACGGCGGAGAUGGCGGCGCGAGCCCAUGACGUGGCCGCGCUCGCCAUUAAAGGCAAGGAGACGCAUCUCAACUUUCCCCACCUGGCUGCCAAGCUACCCCGCCCUGCGUCCUCGUCUCCCAAGGACAUCCAGGCGGCGGCCACCCUUGCCGCCGCCGCCACCGGCUCAUCGUGUGAAUGCGGUCAUGAUCCCAUGCCGCCGGACGCCACAUCGACCCCCUCGACUCGCGACUCGGACGAAUUGCUGUUUGACCUCCCCGAUUUGUUUCUAGAUGGGAGGGAAGGGUUCUGCUACUCGACUUCCUCUUCUUCUUCCUCGUGGUUGCCGAUUGUGGCGGAGGACGCGAUCGACUUCCGAAUCGAGGAACCAUUCUUGUGGGAGUUCAAUUAGAAUUCAUGGUCGGCACGAACUUCAGUCCUCUUCCACAUCUACUUAAUUCGCUGCCAUGAGCAGUCGAAGCAGAGUUUCCCAAUCAGAGGACAUCAACCAUCAUGUCGGAUCAGAACGGAUCGGAUUAACAAUUAAUCAAAUUUGCAAGCAAAUUAAUCCACAGAGUACUCGAAUGCACAGCCUCAAGGUGGCCGGCAGCGCGCUCUCUCUCUCUCUCUCUCUCUCUCUCUUUCUCAUCAUAUCCAAUCUCGAUUCCGUUCCUCCACUUCUUCCAUAUACAGCAAGGAGGCAAGGUUAAGCAUAUUUCAUUACCUUUCAUUUUCGUUAGUUGAAAAGUCGUUUUUGUUGUUGAAUAUGAUAUGAGAAAUAAAAUUGGGCCAAGUCUUGAGUCUCUGUUUGUAUGUGAUCGAGGAAUAAGAAUCGAGGUGGUGGUUGUUGUUCUAUACUAUUAGCUGAAUUGGAAUGCACUAA